CUUAAUUAUUAAUACCUGUUCAUUAUAUUUCAGUGGUACAGGCAUGGAUGGGAAGAAAUGCAGCGUAUGGAUGUUUUUACCUCUUGUAUUUACUUUGUUUACUUCAGCUGGAUUGUGGAUAGUAUACUUUAUAGCUGUGGAAGAUGACAAAAUUUUCCCAUUAAAUUCAGCUGAAAGGAAACCUGGUGUGAAGCAUGCACCAUAUAUAAGUAUUGCAGGCGAUGAACCUCCUGCAAGCUGUGUGUUUAGUCAAGUUAUGAACAUGGCAGCAUUUCUAGCUCUUGUGGUAGCUGUUCUGCGCUUCAUACAACUGAAACCAAAGGUUUUAAAUCCGUGGUUGAAUAUUAGUGGAUUGGUGGCGCUGUGUCUGGCUUCCUUUGGAAUGACCUUACUUGGUAAUUUUCAGCUCACGAAUGAUGAAGAAAUCCAUAAUGUUGGAACUUCCUUGACCUUUGGAUUUGGCACGUUGACCUGCUGGAUCCAGGCUGCAUUGACACUCAAAGUCAACAUCAAGAAUGAAGGACGAAAAGUUGGAAUUCCACGAGUUAUUCUCUCAGCAUUUAUCACUCUCUGUGUGGUCCUCUACUUCAUCCUCAUGGCCCAAGGCAUCCACAUGUAUGCAGCCAGGGUCCAGUGGGGCCUGGUCAUGUGCUUCCUGUCUUACUUUGGUACCUUUGCUGUGGAGUUCCGGCAUUACCGCUACGAGAUUGUCUGUUCUGAGUACCAGGAGAAUUUCCUAAGCUUCUCAGAAAGCCUGUCUGAAGCUUCUGAAUAUCAAACCGACCAGGUGUAACCCAUCAGGUUUUCCUUGCUGGCGAGGUGGGUGUGACAGUGGGGGAGGGGCUAGGAGGACACACUCAUAGGACUUGACACAUAACCUCAUGACACAUUUUACACACACACACACACACACACACACACACACGUUCAUGGCCACAUUUGCCAAAUAAGCUUUUCAGGGCAGGUUAUUUCUUUAACAAAAAAGCACAAGCCCUUACGUGUUGAAAUACAGGCUGUUACACUGAAAAUAUAUGCACGACAGAGCAAGAAGCUUGUGCAUGAUCACCUCUCUUCCCCUCUCUCCCAAUUCUCCCUGCUCUUAUUCUCUUCACACAUUUCAGACAUCGUGAUCACCCUACCACGGAGUAGGGCAGGCCAAAUGUAACGUGGGAAUAAUGCCAACUCCCGAAGUUGCCUUCAGAUCCAAAGGGCUUGGAACCAGCUCAUGAGGAAGUUCUGAAUCUGGCACUAAAACCCUUGAAUGGAUAGAGUAUCAUCUAAUUGGAUGGAAACUGUAUGAAGACGUAACCUGUGGAAAGGCAUGGGAUCAAGGAUAGAACUUUCCCACAAAAGCUCCCUUCAUCAUUGUUCAGGGGUUGGCUGCGUGGAGUCAAUGAAAGGCAUAUGCUGCAAACUGUGAGCGUGAAGCCCACCACUGCGAUUUGGACCUUACUGUGACUGAGAAAUAUUUCCAAAUUUGAAUAUUUGUAGGGACGUGGUCUGCCAGGAAUGGAAGAAGAUGGGGGCAGCAGGGAUGCGGUUUCGUUUUUGCUUCCAUAGUAUGCUAUGUACAGUUUUUGUUUUCUAUUUCAUAGUUUGCCUUCUUUUUUUCCUUUAUGUAACUACCACGGGUCUCUCGAGGCCUCUUGGAUGAAGAAGAUGUAGGCCAAAUGCAAGAGCUGAGCUGGUUUUGGGUUCAACCACGAUAAAAGAAAAAAAGGCUUAAUUUGCUGCUUUUAUGUUUGAAGCUAAGAAAAUGUUCAAGGAAAGCACACAGAAAUAUGUGUAGAGGUCAUAAAAAGAGCUCCUGCUGGACAUUUAUAAAAGACAGGAGUUUUAGAGCAUCUUGCUACAAGUCCACAUCAGGGGACAGUUUCUUAAUAUGUAUCUAUAGCUCAAAUUUAGUAUUGGGGGGUGCAGUUAAGGGCUUUUCAUACUUGGAAUUUGUAGAAGCCAAUUAAAAGAUUACCCUCUCCCAAAAACAAAUUGGUGCAGCUGGUCCCCUACUGCCCAACAGGUAGUUCCCACCUGCCAAGGGUUUACAACUCAAAUUGUAGGCCUGGGCUUUCGAGGCUGUGCUUCAUAAAGAAGAGCAGACUUCUGAAUUCAAAAUGUGCUGGAGUGGGCCAAGCUGACAGACCCUCCAUGAAUGCACUUUGUUUCAAGAAAUCCCCAGAUUUACUUCAUAGGGGCCUGAGAUUUCAUGGAAUAUAAUGUGAAAAACAUUGUUUUUUAAUUCAACCCAAGCUCUGAGCUUCUUGAGGAGAGGGGUCAAUGACUUCUCAUCUCUAUAUUUAUCCCCACCUCCUAGCACAGUGCCUGGCACAUAUUAGGUGCUCAACAAAUGUCUGUGGAAUCAAAUUGUUGGUCAUUUAGGGUAGGAAAAAGGAGUAUCAGAGAAAGACUCAAAGAUGAGUGAGAGAGAACAGAAGAUGACUGUUUCAUGCAAGACAGGAAUGGAAGAAAUCAUGAACAAGGGUCAGAUGGGGGAGUGAGAAUGCGUAUAAAGAGUAAAAAAUGUGAGGACAAGAAUCAAGCAGAGAACAGUCUCCUAUUAAAAAGGCAUCUUACUGUAAAUAGUCCAAGGUGACAUUUAUUAUUUUUGAAUACUGCUUUUGGUUUUUUGUUUCAUUUUUAUAUUUUAAAGAUUUUAUCAGAGAACAAAGAUUUGUGAAGUUUCUUUUACUCUACACAAUCCAAAUUAAACAGCUUUUGGUGAUGCACUGUACACUUCCUUAGGAGUAUAUCUAAUAGCACAUUUUAGCAGAAUCAAGCAAUGACUGGCAUUAUUCAUUGGGAUCUGACCACUAAAUAAAAUUCUUUUAUG